GCUCAGUCCGAUUUUGGGGGUCCCCCAGGUGUGUGUGCCCUCGGGAACUGCCUGUACGCCAUGGGGGGGUACGAUGGCACCCAGCAGCUGAGCAGCGCCGAGCGCUUCCAGCCCGACACCGACACCUGGAGCUUCGUGGCGCCCAUGGGGCACCGCAGGAGCGCCCUGGGGGCCACGGCCUUCCGGGGCAGGAUCUACGUGCUGGGGGGCUACGACGGCCACUCCUUCCUGGAGUCGGUGGAGUGCUACGACCCCGAGGCCGACGCGUGGACCGAGGUGACCCCGAUGCCCUCGGGGCGCAGCGGGCUGGGGGUGGCCGUCACCAUGGAGCCCUGCCACCCCGAGGAGACCCCCCCCGAGGAUGAGGAGACCCCCCCGGGCGGGUCCUGCUGACCCCGGCGCCGCCGGGGGGGCUCUGGGGGGGGGUGGGGAGCUCCGGGUGCAGCCCCGCACCCGAAAUUCCAGAAUCUUCCCAAAAAACCCCCCCCCCCCAGCCCAUCCCCCACCGGCGGCAGAUUGAGGGGUGCAAAGAGGGGGGGGCUAUACCGAUGAGACCCCCCCCCAAAAAAAAAAAAAAAAAAAAAAAAAGUCAGAGGACUUUUCCCUCCCAGGUUUUGUUGAUGGGCAGAUUAAGAAAUAAAGAGAUUUGUGAUUUAA